UAAAAAGGCGGGGCAGAGUUUGUUUCUCUCGUCUCUCUUUUUCUCUUCUAAAACCCUAAAACCUAAGAGCAGCUUCAGUCUUUGUCGAACCACUGAAGCUUCUACUUCUCUGCAAUAGUUCGAAAUGGGGAAGAAAUCCGCUAAACAGGUUGCUACAGCUGUCUCUGUUUCCCCACCUGUGAAAUCAGCUAAGAAAGGUAAGAGGGAUGCUGAGGAAACCCUGGAGAAACAUGUAAGUGCCAAGAAGCAGAAGAUAGCUGAGGAAGAGCUUCUAAAGAAAAAGAAGACUGAGGUUAAGACGAAGAAGAAGAAGCAGGAAACAAGCAGCUCUGAUGACUCUUCAUCUGAAUCCGAAGACGAGAAACCCAAUGUGAAGGCCAAAAAAUUGCCAGCUGUUGCCGCUAAGAAUGGCCCUGCGGCAGCUCCCAAGAAGAAACCGGAAUCCAGUGAGAGUGAAAGUUCUGAUUCAGAUAGCAGCUCUGAUGAGGAUGAUGUAACUGAAGCAAAGGCAAAAAAAUUGCCUGCUGCUAAGGUUAAGAAUGUCCAUGCAGUAGUCUCCAAGAAGAAAGAGGAAUCAAGUGACAGUUCUGAUUCAGAUAGCAGCUCAGAUGAGGAUGAUAAGAAAGGGGCUAAGAUUGCGCCCCAAACUAAGAAACUGCCUGCUGCUGUGGCUAAGAAUGGCCUUGCAGCUGGCUUGAAGAAGAAAGAUGAAUCAAGUGACAGUUCUGAUUCAGAUAGCAGCUCAGAUGAGGACGAUAAAGCUCCAAAGGUUGCUAAGCAAGCCAGUAAGCCAACUCCUGCUCUAAAGAGUACCCCAGCAGUGGCCCCCAAGAAGAAACCUGAAUCAAGUGAUAGUUCCUCAGAGAGUGAUUCUGAGGAAGAUGAGAAAACUAAAGCCAAGAUCACAGCGCAAACAAAGAAAUCAGGAGUGUCUGCCCCAGCUUCUAAAAAGAAAGCAGAUAUGAGUAGCAGUUCCUCGGAGAGUGAUUCUGAUGAGGAUGAGGAGGCACCUCCUGCCAAGGUUUCUGUUCCUGCAAAGAGACAGUCUGUGACCACUGAUACAAAAGCAUCAAAGAAGACUGCCUCCAAGGAAGAUGAGAGUGAGGAUGAGAGCUCUGAAGACAGUGAUGAAGAACCUCAAAAGAAAAAAGUGAAAGUUCCGCCCACUGGGAAUGUGGUGAAGCCCAAUGCAAAGCCUUUAAAGAAGGCAAGCAGCAGUGAUGAGAGCUCAGAGGAAAGUUCUGAUGAUGAGCCUUCAAAGGCACAAGUAGUAAAAAAGCAGCUUGCCAAGGCAACAAAGGAAAGCAGCAGUUCUGAGGAUGAUUCAUCUGAGGAGGAAAGUGAGGAGGAAGAACCUGCCAAAACUCCACUGAAGAAGCCAUCAAAACCAUCUAAGGAUAGCAGCAGUUCUGAAGAGGAAAGUGAGGAGGAACAACCUGUUAAGACUCCAAAGAACAAUAUCAAGCAAAACACUGAUGAACCGAUGAUAGAUGCUGUAACACCCAAGGAGAAGAAAGUGCUAAAAACUCCAACUACCCCCAAUGUUGAAACAACUGGGUCAAAAACACUCUUUGCAGGGAACCUAUCAUUCAGUAUUGAACGAGCUGACGUGGAAGAGUUCUUCAAAGAUGUUGGGGAAGUUGUUGAUGUGCGUUUUGCAAUUAAAGAAGAUCAAUUUAGGGGAUAUGGCCAUGUUGAAUUUGCCACUGAAGCAGCAGCAAAGAAGGCUCUUGAACUGAAUGGUCAAGAUUUGUUGGGUCGACCUGUAAGACUUGACAUAGCUUUUGAGAGGGGCUCCUAUACCCCACAUAACAGCAGAGAAAGCAACUCAUACCAGAAAGGAGGUAAAGGUCAGGGUCGGACUGUAUUUGUACGAGGUUUUGAUACAUCUGUUGGAGAGGAUCAGAUUCGGAGCACACUGGAAGAGCAUUUUGGGUCUUGCGGAGAACUUACAAGGGUGUCUAUUCCGAAAGAUUAUGAAUCUGGUGCUCCCAAGGGGAUUGCUUAUAUUGACUUCCCUAAUGAGGAUAGUUUCUCCAAAGCUCUAGAACUGAAUGGAUUUGAGAUUGAAGGUUAUUCCUUGGUAGUGGAAGAAGCAAGGCCAAGGGCUGAUAACCGUGAUGGUGGUGGCAGCGGAAGAGGUGGUUUCGGCAGGAGUGGUGGUAGAGAUGGUGGCGGAAGGAGUGGUGGUAGAGAUGGUGGUGGUCGAUUUGGAGGUUUUCGUGGAGGUGGCCGAAGUGGUGGCCGUUCAGGAGGUGGUGGCAGAGGACGUGGCACACCGUAUAAUAAGCCAAACUUGGCAGCUGCUGGCACAGGGAAGAAAACAACAUUUGAUGAUUAGAGAAUAUGGGGGAUUUUGAAGUGUCUUGCCUCCUU